CUCUCCGCUCGUCGCGGGAUCGAUAUUUGCUUUGCUGGAGGCUUCGGGAUCGGGCGUUAAAUUGUCUCAGUUGAGCCGGAACGUCAAGUUGGCUUCACGUUCUUGCUUUUGCCAGAGACCUGCCGUGAAAGUCUGUAGAAAAAACCUCACUCGACCUUACAAUUUUGUGUCCCUAGAGAGCAUGCGACAACAGUACCGAACCGAAACCGAUUGCAAUACUUUUAAACAGACAGCUAGUACCGGGGACAGGAGCAGAUGGAGCCUCCAGCAGGUGGUGAAGGCGAUCAGAGAGAGCCUCUAUGCAGCAGCAAAGCAGGAAAUCAGAGCCGUCCAUUCAAGGCUGGAGCUAAAAAGAGAGUUCCUCUGAUUGGUCUAGCCAAGGUGGCGUCAGUUGCAGCGGGGCUGCAGUUCGGCUGGGCUCUCCAGCUGUCCCUCCUCACUCCCUAUGUGCAGCAGCUCGGCAUUCCCCAUGCCUGGGCCUCCUACAUCUGGCUCUGUGGGCCGUUAUCUGGCUUGUUUGUUCAGCCGCUGAUCGGCCAUUGGAGUGACAGCUGUCGCUGCCCGUAUGGCCGGCGCCGGCCGUUCAUCGUGGCAGGGGCUGCUCUGGUGGUGGUGGCGGCGAUGCUGAUAGCCUUCUCAAGGGACUUGGGAGUUAUGCUGGGGGAUAGGGUGGAGGAAGGGAGGCCGCUGGUGGGGGCGAUCGUGGUUUUCAUCCUCGGGUUCUGGGUGGAGGAAGGGAGGCCGUUGGUGCAGGCGAUCGUGGUUUUCAUCCUCGGGUUCUGGUGAGAGGAAGAAUCAGGGGCUGCUUUUGAGGCGCCUCAAAAGCAGUCGUCGUUUUCAUCCUCGGGUUCUGGUUUGCUUGACAUGGCCAACUACGGCCUGCAGGGACCCUGCAUAGCCUCGCUGGCUGAUGGUACAAUCAUCCAGCUCCAUCGAUUCUUCUCUCAUGAAUCAUCAAUCCACUCAUCAUCACCACCCUCUCUGCUCUCAGGCUGCUUGACUUGGCCAACAACAGCCUGCAGGGACCCUGCCGAGCUCUGUUGGCCGAUUUCACUGGCACAGAGGGGAAACGGACCCGCAGAGCUAAUGCGUACUUUUCUGCAUUCAUGGCUCUGGGCAAUGUGCUCGGCUUUGCUGCGGGCUCCUACCCGCACCUCGCCUCGGCUCUCUCCGUCCCGCUCUCCCUCCUCCUCCGCCCUUUCGGGCAUUUCUCGCUGGUAACCACGGCGUGUAACAGUGUGUGUGCGAACCUGAAAGCGGCGUUCAUGCUGCACGUGGUGCUGCUGCUGGUGUCGACUGCUGUGAGCGUCUCUGCUGCUUCCGAGGAGCCACUCUCUGCUGCUGGUGCUGAUGGUGCCAAUGGUGGUGCUGGUGGUGCCGAUGGUGGUGCUGGUGGUGCCGAUGGUGGUGCUGUUGGUGCUGCCAACACUGCAACUGGUGGUGCUGCUGGUGGUGCUGACACUGCUACCAGUGCUGCUGGUGGCGGUGGUAACCCUGCAAUGGCCUCUGCUUCUGUCGGAGAGGCUUCUAAAGAGGAUAAUCUGAUUACCCAGCCUCUUUUGCGUUGUUCCACCUACCACGCUCCCGCUGCCCCUCUGUUGAAAUCUGUCCAUGCUACAGCCUUUGGUGCUCCAGCCAUUCAUGCUACAGCCUUGAAUCCUACAGCCUUUGAUGCUAUUGCCAUUCAAGCUACAGCUUUUGAUGCUCUUGCCACUCAAGCUACAGCUUUUGAUGCUUCAGCCAAUGCCCCAGAAACUGCUGCAGUCCAUCUUUCACAAUAUCCGGUUACUGUUCAUGGCCCAAUCACUAGUAGCAGCAUUGGCAGCGGCAGCGGCAGUGGCAGCAGCAGCGGCAGUGGCAAUGGCAUCAGUGAGAGUGGGACAAGUGGGGUGUUCAGCCUUAGGGGGGUGUGGCCGGUUGGUGACUCGUUAGAAGGUCUCUUCCCUGCUGAUUCGUUACAAGCACUCUCUCCUGAUGUGCACAUGGAGGAGGGAAGGAGAAGCAUUGUCGGGGAGGGGACGGAGGGAGGGGGAAGGGAGAGAGGAGGGGGAGGAGAAGGAGAGGAGGAAGGAGAGGAGGAAGGAGAGGAGGAAGGAGAGGAGGAAGGAGAGGAGGAAGGAGAAGAGGCGGCAGGAGAAGAAGAGGAGGAGGAGGAGGAGGAGGAGGAGGAGGAAGAGGAGGAGGAAGAGGGGGAGGAGGAGCCCAAGCAAGUACUCCUGUGGGAGCUGGUCAGCUCGGUGCAGCAGCUCCCUCCCCCAGUCCUACGAGUGCUGGCAGUCACGGCAAUCACCUGGCUCGCAUGGUUCCCCUUCCUCCUCUUCGACACCGACUGGAUGGGACGGGAGGUCUUCGGCGGCUCAACUAGCCUUAGGGAGGCUAGUAAAGCGGCUAGCGAGGCAGCUCUUAAGGCGUACAGCAGGGGAGUGAGGUUCGGGGCACUAGGUUUGGUGCUGAACUCGGUGGUGCAGGGGGUGACGAGCCUGAGGAUCGACGCUCUCUGUAGGAGGUUCGGGUCUCGGGCAGUGUGGGCGGUGGGGAAUCUGAUGCUGGCGGUUUGCCUGCUGGCCACCGCUGCUGUGCCCUCUGCUGUUGACAUGCCUCAGAACCUGCUGGCACCUGCUGUGCUCUCUGCUGGGCCUGCUCCCGGGAUUCCUGCUGAAGGGCAGUUGCCUCACAUCCUGCUGGCCACGGCUGCUGUUCCCUCUGCUGUUGACAUGCCUCAGAACCUGCUGGCACCUGCUGUGCUCUCUGCUCCUGCUCCUGCUGAUAGUGCUGCUGCUUUCGCGUUUCAUACAGUCACUAAUCAUAUAGCCACGAAUCAUUCAAUCACAGGUGGUACAGGGACUCAUCCUGCUCCUGUGGGUUCAGUCACAGGGUUGGGUCGCCUUGAGCCCACUACAGUGGCUGCUGGUCUGCUGCAGUUCCCACUGCUGUCCGAGCAAUGGUUGCGGCAGGGGCAACUGAUUGGGCAGCAGAAUAUGCAGCAGGGGCAACUGAACGGGCAGCAUAAUAUGCAGCAGGGGCAACUGAACGGGCAGCAGAAUAUGCAGCAGGGGCAACUGAACGGGCAGCAGAAUAUGCAGCAGGAGCAACUGAACGGGCAGCAGAAUAUGCAGCAGGGGCAACUGAACGGGCAGCAGAAUAUGCAGCAGGGUGGGGAAGCGAUGCAGCACCAGCAGGAGCAACAACAGCAGCAACAGCAGCAACAGAAGCAACAGAAGCAGCGACAGGAGGAGCAUUUGGGAGGGCCUCUAGAGUCCCUCUCUCUGCAUCGGAAGCUCAUACGCAGUCAAAGACCGGCGGGGACCCCGCAGUCUCUUGAGCCCAGUCGGAGCAUGCUGCAGGAUCCAGUCCACCUGCCUCCCUCCUCAUUCCAAAGCACGAUGCAGAGCCCUUCCUCCUCCGCUUCCUCUUCCUCCUCCUCUUCCUCCUUUUUGCCCUUGGAUCCGCAUCCGACGGACACGAAUGUCGUCCUCCCAUUGCUCCAGCGUCUAAUCUCCUCGUUGUCGCAUCUCCUUGCCGCUGCUGUUUCGCGGCUCCUCCCCUCGCCGUUGUCCCACGUGUCGCAGUCAGCAGUGGCCAAGGGCGCUGCUCUCACCAUCUUUGCUGUUCUGGGUGCUCCCAUGGCGGUGACCUACAGCCUCCCGUUCUCCCUCACAGCAUCCUUCACCACCAGGGGGGGCGGAGGCCAGGGCCUGGCAGCUGGUCUGCUCAACAUCGCUAUAGUCCUACCUCAGGUCUUCGUGCUGUGUCUCAGAUGUUUGUCUCACUAGCCAUCGGUCCGUUUGAUGCUUUAUUUGGAGGGGGGAACAUCCCUGGUUUCAUGGCAGCUGCUGCUUUCGCUGCUGCUGCAGCCGCAGCGGCUUUCUUCACUCUCCCCCGCCCUCCCCCUGACACUCCCCCCUCCGGCCCUCUGCCCUACGCCGGUCGUUUAGCUCACCUUGCUUCUCUCCUCUCCCUACCUCUGCCCCACGAUCCGAUUCUGCUGGCUCUACUUGCGUUUCCCCCCUCCCACCUUUGGGCUUCAAGACAUGGUGCAGUAGGAAUUACUAGAGUUCCUCAACAUAUCGUGCAUGUCUAUCGUGGAGAUGUUUGUCGUCAGAAUGGUUCUAAAAUUGUUGAUGCUCCACUAAUAGGUGUUGAUUUUUUU